GUGCGGACGUUUGUCAGGAUGUUGGAACCAAGGCUUAUGCAUCAUAGGGCCCGAUGUUUGUUCAGCGGCCACGAGACGUCGAUUAUGGAUUUUGCUUUUGCUUUUGGCUGUUUCUGGCUGUUGGACUUAGCAGCAGAAGCAAGCGGCAUUUUGUCAACUCGAAGUCUCCAUUCCGAUGAGUGCCCCCCCCUUCCCUUCCUUCCUUCUUUCCUUCCUUCUCUCCCCGCCCUCCGCUGCCGCCAUUGCGCUCUUCUCUCUCCCCUUUCCGUUCGUUUGCAGUCUGACAGCAAGAAUCCCCCUCCCCUUUCACGGCGAACAGCGUGCUCCUAAUUUCAACUUCUCUCACUCCCUCGUUUUCGUUCUUUAUUACAUAUCUCGGCCUGCCUCCCACCUGCCAUUCUCUCGGCCACUGCCAUCCCACACUCCUUCCUUCUCUUCACAGCGCCUGCAAAAAAGAAAAAAAGAAAAAAACACUCGUUCUUCGUUCCGCGCUCCCUUGCUCUUUUGGCGAAUAGAUAAGUUCCUGUCGAUAACGAAACGAAAUCAAACAAACGUCAACGUCAACGAGAAUCCAAUUUCCUCCAACGGCUGCCCCCACCACCCAACCCGAUACGCGCCGCCCAUACACAUAUUAAUUCCCGCUACUACACCCGCUGCACCCACCACACCACACAGGAAGAACAUGCCCUCAGCCAUGGAAGCCCCAUCAACACGUCUCCACGUGGACGAGAUAAUCCUCGACUACCUCCUGUGGUACUGCACGUCAUCGCUGCUGUCUGCCCGUAGCCUGCGCACCGGAAACAAGAGCGAGUAUGCCGAGACCACGCGCAACGGCGAUACGGCCAUCAAGUUGGUGAACAGCUUCUACCAGUCGUUUAAACGUUCGCAUCCGAAUAGUCCCCUGCCGGAACCCAUCGUACUGCGCCUCAGGAUAUGUCGAUUUGCGGUGACCAUGUUGCGACGGGUGGAUGUUACUACGCUUGACCUCGCGCAUGACGUCGAUGUCGGUCGGCGACGCAGCGAAGGUUGGUUGCGGCGCGAGGGCCGGGGCAACGCUUCCGUUCUCACCGAAGCUGAGACGGCAGUAUUUUCGCCGCCGGCAACCCCGUUCUCGCCGGAGCUACUCAAGAGGAACGUCGCCGCGCUGCGAGAGCACCUCGGCUUGACCUCCGAGCCCUCGCUGUUUGGCACCGCUACGCUGAGAGAUGCGCUGUGGGACUUCCUGGUGAUGACGGCACACAUCAGUGCGCGCGACGGUGAGGUGAGGUGGCCGUGGAUGGCCAACACGGUAGAUUUCAUGCUGCAAGCGGUGCUGGAGCAGUACCGGUGCCACGGAAGCACCGGGGUUGGCGCGCUGAACGAGUGCUUUGCCGUCGGGCUCACGAGCAUGGGGGCGGACAUGGACGAAGCCACCGAUGACGAGAUCAUGAUCAACGAGAUGUUUGCGGGCGAUAAUGGUGCGGUGGGGCAUAUGUUUGGCGAGCUGCGCACCAAGGGACUAUCGGAGCUCCUUCCUCCGCCGGAACGAACGCUCGAGGCCCACUUCGAAGGCCUCGCGAUGGAAUAUCCAUGGCCAGACUUCGAGGAUAGAAUCGUCAACUGUCUCAUCCCCGCCUCGAAGAGCCAGGCCCGGCCGGUCCUGGCCCAGCUCGAGCAGGGCCGGCUAGAGGGCUUCGAUCCCCGCGACGUGCAGACCGUCCUCGCCAGCGCGGGUGUGUCCGGCGCAGUCUGGCGGUAAUGCCAGACCCACAAUACUGCACGCGUCUCAUGACUUAUAUUAUAUUAUAUCCUAAUCAUCUAUUCUUAAUGUUUAUUGAACCUCACCCACAUUUAGCUACAUCUUCUAUCUGCCUAUCCGCCUAUCGGUGGUAGCUAUGCAUCUGUAUCUGCAUCUUAUCUGUAUCUGUAUCAUCUCGUAUCUUGUAUUUAUAUUAUAGCAUGUGGACACUAGGCACUGGGCACUAGGGGACUAGGACUGCAUUGGCGCUGUGGGGAUAUUGCACUGUUUUUUGGAUUCGAUCUUUGGGGGUUGGUGUUGCAACUUGUUGUUGCUGGGCAGCACGGUAAUGUCGAAGAGGAGGAAUCCUCCUUGCACUUAUCAUGACAACUAAACUUUAAAGUAUGGCGGUUG